CUGGAGUCACUUUAAUUCCGAAGAAGCACAAAGGGAAGAGAAACCCACACAGCUGUACCAGAGUUGGGAGGAUUGUCUUCUCAGCCCGGCUUCAGAAUGGAUGCACAUCCCACCAGCGCAUCAGAUUUAAAUGAAACUGAGGAAGCUGAGCUACAGACCAUCAAAAAGCACAAGGAAGAGCUGCUAGCAGACAUCCAGAGGCUAAAAGAUGAGAUUGCAGAAGUGUUUGAAGAGAUAGAUCGUUUCCAGCAAGCACAAACAAGCAAGCUGGUCCAGAGGGAUAAAGAAAUGUGCAUUGGACGGAAGAAAUUUAACAUGGACCCUACUAAGGGCAUCCAGUAUCUGAUUGAACACAAAAUACUGUCAUCAAAUGUGGAAGAAAUUGCCAAAUUCCUUUACAAAGGAGAAGGUCUCAACAAGACAGCCAUUGGAGAUUACUUGGGAGAAAGGGAUCCACUAAACCUCCAGAUUCUGCAGGCCUUUGUAGAAUGCCACCAGUUUGCCAAUCUCAACCUCGUACAAGCAUUAAGACAGUUCCUGUGGAGCUUUCGGUUGCCUGGGGAGGCACAGAAGAUCGACCGUAUGAUGGAGGCCUUUGCCAACUGGUAUUGUCAGUGCAACCCAGGAGUUUUCCAGUCAACAGACACCUGCUAUAUCCUCUCUUUCUCCGUCAUAAUGCUGAACACCAGCCUGCACAACCCCAACGUCAAAGACAAACCUCCCUUUGAGAGGUUUGUGUCCAUGAACAGAGGCAUCAAUGAUGGAGGGGACCUUCAUGAACCACUUCUGCGGAGUUUGUUUGACAGCAUCAAGAACGAACCAUUCUCCAUCCCAGAGGACGAUGGGAACGACCUCACCCAUACUUUCUUCAACCCCAGCCAGGAAGGCUGGCUCCUUAAACUAGGAGGCAGAGUGAAGACCUGGAAGCGCCGUUGGUUCAUUCUGACGGACAACUGCCUGUACUAUUUUGAAUACACCACGGACAAGGAGCCCCUAGGGAUUAUUCCACUGGAAAAUCUAUCUGUUCGGAAAGUAGAGGACCCGAAGAAACGAAAUUGCUUUGAACUCUUUAAUACAAACCCCAAUGGGCAGAAAAUCAAGGCCUGCAAGAUGGACGGAGACGGGAAGGUGGUUGAAGGCAAACACCAGUCUUACAAGAUCUCUGCACCCUCGGCGGAGGAGCGUGACCUAUGGAUUGACGCAAUACGAACCAGCAUCACACGAGACCCAUUCUAUGAUCUGGUCGCUGCUCGUAAGAAAAAGAUCGCCAGCAAGAAAUGAGCUCCCUGACCACCAUCUUGCUAAUGUUUCAACCUCAAGGGGGGAAAAUGGCUUCCAUGAAGUCCUUCCUGCAAAAGAACUCAAAAAACACCCUCAGCUUCCUUUUCCAAGGAAGAAAAAUGACUGACAGGCUGAUGGAGGGUCUCAUUUUCUCACUCCUGGAGUAAAAAUCUAACAUGACUUGACACUGUAGCUCAUUUGCAGGAACAGAUAGCAGGUUCUUGCAUUUGCAUCACAUGGAGCAGGGAUUGGAAGCUUAUAUUCACUGCUCAAUGAUCUGGGUUGAGGAGAAUCAUGGAAAGGAGCAACUAACCUGCACAGCUGCCACUUAUAUAUCAGGAAAGUCUUGUGGACGUGGAUUCCUGUCUCACUUGUCAUUCCAUGGCCUUCCGGGUAAUUGAGUUUUGCAGUAUGUAAUGAAAACACUCAUUUGGAAUAAUAAGAUGAAGGAUAAAAUUCAUCUGGUGAGAGGCAAUACAAUGGGUGUGUGUGUGCUUGCCCUGAGUAAGUCCAUCUAUGUUUUCGGCCUACUGAGGUUGCCAUAUGGUUCUUUUGAACUUUGGCUUUUCAGGACAGAAACGCCCAGGCAGAAUCAGAACCACCCAGGCAGAAUCUGGCUGUAAAAAGUCAAGCAGGGAGUUGGUGGUUCCUGUGUUCUAGCUGCCUGUCCCAGCAUAGGGGUGGGUUGUAUGUGUCUUGUCAUUUUAUAUUGGCCUUUUGGGGAAAGCCACUGGGCUGGUGGAUUGAGACUUUGGGGCUUUGGUCUGGGAGGCAUGCAUUGAAGUUUCGCCUCACCCGUAACAGGAGGAGCAGACAAAUCGCUCUCAUUCACCCUCAGAUUCUCAUCUGUAAAAUGGGUAUAAGGGCACCUGCUGCCCUGGAUUCUUAUGAAAUGGUACAGUGUAGAGCACUUUGUGAAUUGAAAGUGCUAUGUAAAUUAUAAAUAGAAGUAAUAAUAAUAAUAAUAAUAAUAAUAAUAAUAAUAAUAGUAAUAAUGAAUUGCCCCAGAGUGGCAAUAAAUAAAUAAAAUUCAAGCAAUUGUAAAAAUACUGUACAUAUGACAGAUGUGCUUACACAUGCACACAUACACCGAGUAAGGGUGCAGUUUUCUACACACACACACACACACACACACACACACAGGGUUAAACAGAUGGAGAAAUGACAACUUUUCUUUAUAAAUAAAAAUGUGAAAAAACAUUGCAGCCUCUUAUGCUCUGUUUUUGUUUUGUGUUAUCAACGCCAAACAGAAGCAGUAGGAGUGCUGCGUAUCUGAAGUCUUCUUUCCUUUCCCCCUUUGAUACAUGCAGUCUUCUAGCUGGGGAAUUCGAAGAAACCAAAACAUCGGCGCAGUUUUGAAGCCGAUGGUUCAAAUCAGUGCAGUUUUGAAGAGGCUCAGUCCGCCGUCUUUGAUUCAAAAUAGCAUCCAAUUGGUUGCAAUCUCAUAAGAAAAGUUGCCCAGCGAACAAGCAACUUGCCCAGAUACAGAGUAAUGAAUCCCAGCUACAUACCGUAAGUCAUGUCCACCGGAAAGGAGUUGUAGCUUAGUGGUAGGACACACUCUCUGCAUGCAGAAGGUCCUGAGUUCAAUUUCUGGCAUCUCCCGGAAAGAGUGGGAAAGCCCUGUAUCUGAAAACCCAGAGAGCUGUUACAGCACAGCUCAUCCACACUUCCCUUUGUCCUGCGAGUUCUUCUGUUUGUUCCAUGAUUUCUAGGGUCUGAUAGGUUUUCCUUCUGUCUCUCUGCUUUCUCUGGGAAAACCCACAAUUUGCUGCUGAAUCAGAACAAGCAUCAAUCCACAGGUAACCUGACUGGUGUUUGUUCCAGUUCAGCAGUGAAUUGCAGGUUUUCUUGGGGAAAGCAGUGGGACAAGAGGAAAAGCCCCUUGGAUUAGAAAUCACAGGACAGACAAAAGUAUGGAUGAGCCCUGUGUCUAGUUGGACUCAGCCUUCUGCAAAACUGGAACGUUACUUCCUAGAUCUCAGAAGGCUAUUGCAAAGCUGUGCAGUGGAAAGACCGUUAAACUUGGGCUGAUGGUUGCAAUCCUAAGAGCUAGGAACGUGCUUUCUUUUCCCAAAACAAAAGUACAAAUGAAUGAUGGGAGCACUCAGCUCUGAGUCCACCACCGCCUGGUGCACUUCCACAGCACCAGGUGAUAGAGGACUCAGAGCCGAGUGUCCUGAUAAGUCCUCCUUUCGUUUUGAAAAGAGAGCAAGUUCCUAGCUUUUAUCAGCUCGCAAAAGGUUCAGAAGGUCAUGCCAAACAGUUGCUGGGAUAAGCUGCCCUGGCCUGCCUCGUUCUUCUCUGCAUAAUGUAAAGUCAAUAAAAGAAA